AUGGAUAAUUCCUCUGCCAGCGGCGGCCGACAACCAGCGCGGCAGCGGGAGCUGCACGGUCCACGGCCGGCUCCUCUGACCGUCAGGAAGGAGUCCCGCAAGAUAAAGAAGACGCUGGUGCCGCCGCCGCCGCCGCCGCCGCCGCAGCCACAGCAGCAGCAAUACCGGCCGCCCGUCAUCAUCUACACCGCCUCCCCCAAGGUCAUCCACACAACCUCAGCCGACUUCAUGUCCGUCGUGCAAAGCCUCACCGGCGUCCGCAAGCCCGCUGCCUCUAAUCCCGAAGGCGACAGGGGGCAGGCUCCGUUCUCGCCGGCCGCCCGCUUGGCAGCGUUCGAGAAGAUCGCCACCUCCCCCUCAGCUUCUGGGCGAACAUUAAAGCGCGAAGAAGUCGAUGACGUGGCGGUGGAGGUUAUUAGUUCGCCGGGGAGACAGAGAAGAGAAGGAGGAGGGGGGAUCUUGUCGCCGGGGCCUUCUUCACUGCCGUGGAUAUCGCCGGCGGUAUUUACUCCUAGUGCGAUCGUUACGCCGCCGGUGAUUCAAUUUGUGGCGAGUCCAAAUAGCAAUCUAUUCUUCUCCGGCAUGGUUCCUUCUCCGGUAGCUUACUGGGAUCUCUUCAACCAUUACCACCAUUAA